AUGACAGGAAUAUACCAUGGGCGAAAAUCUAAAGAUAUCUGCGAUAGUCAACCGUUGUUUUAUAGGUUGAAGGCUAGUCCAAUAGAACACCCUUUGAGACAUGGUCUGCAGAAAAUUUCUACAAAUCUGAGCAAUUUCAGACUAGUUCCAUUGUUAUGUGGUGUUGUAUAUAUUCCCAAGAUCUUUUGCGCAAAUCGACAGCAAAGAGUAUGCUUCCGAAAAAGAACACAAAGUGAAGUUCUCGAAGUGAAAUUAGCCUUUAGUUUAUAUCCCUUUCAGGACAUUCGUGAGACAAUACAAUAUGUUAAAUUAACGGAAAGGCAGUCAUUGCCCCAUUUUUUAAAUAACCUCUCAGAUGAAGAUAUCGUUACACUCCGUUGUAAGUUUAAUAUCAGAACACCAAAUAUGGAAUCAAGGGUUCAAAGUCAUAGGCUUAAACAUCAAGACAAACCCCACUUUGUGGAAGAAUUAGUUAUGGAAACAGAAAAAACAGAAAAACUGUAUUUUCUUUAUGAAAGUUGUCUCGCCAAAUGUUUUACCUUUUUUUCAAUGAGUGUUUUCUUGUUUGUAGAAGAAUCAAGUUCGAACGUUAUCGGGGAGAAGCUUUUAUACAAAGCCAUUAUAAGGGAAACUAGGGAAGAAUUAGGUUGCUUGAAGCAAAAUAUAAACAAAGCAAAGUACUCAAUAAUCGUUGACAGUUCUUCAGGAGAUGAAUGCAACACAGAGCUAAAUAAAAUAUUUUCAGAUGUUGAAAAAGAAGCAAGGCACGUUUUUAUUAUUUUAGAGCAAACUAAAAGAUACAAGCGCAGAAGAGAAAAGAAGCUUCAAGCACUUCAAGAUGAAGUUAUAAUUACCCAUGAUGAAAGAUCGGAUUCACCUGCCGAAAAGCAAAGUGAUGGAAUUAAUACGGAAUUCCCUGAAAAGGUCAUCACAGAAAAUGUAACCACCUUUCAAUGUGAUGAAUGCGACGCAACCUAUACACGCAAAAAUAAGUUAAAAGCGCAUAUGUUGAAGAAACAUAACACUACGUUAACUGAUCAGGGUAAGCGUUCAAAAUGUACAUUCCCUGGUUGUGAAGAGACUUUUUACCACAAAAGUAGAAUGAUAUCACACCUAAACACAUUCCAUGGUACGAAGACAAACGUUCGUAACUUGGUAUUUGAGGACGAACAGAUGUUCAUGGAAUGGAAAGAAAAAGAAGAAUUAGAUAAACACAUAUAUUUUUCAAAACAAGGAGGGGAUGGCGACUCUAAAUUAACGAAAUACGCUUAUUACGUUUGCCAGCAUGACGGGGACGGAAGAUCGCAUAGAAAAGAAGGUGAACCAGCUCGAAAAACAGAGAAAAAAUUCAAACCCGGUCAGAUUAAAACAGGACGCUUUUGCCCAGCUAGAUUGACCUGUCACAUGGACAAAGUUAAUAAAGAAAUUAGAGUAGAGUAUAUCACAUCUCAUAGCCACGCAGUCAAUUUAGAAAAUACUGUUUUUCAACCCAUACCAUCAACCAUCCGCCAGGAAAUAAAGGCAAAACUGUCUAUUGGUAUACCAGUCAACGAAGUAUACAAGGACUUACUUGACGGGAUGGGUAACUGUAAUACCAGGGAAAACGACUCAAAAAUAACGCGGGCACAUCUGGUCAGUAAGAGCAAUGUUACUGACAUAAAGAGACACAUGAAAUACGGUAGAAGGCUACACCCUGAUGACAGCACAUCAACUCACUUGUUGGUGAAAAAAUUAGAAAUGGAAAAUUACAACUGUAUUAUUGUGUAUAAGCCACAGGGACAGUCAGUUGCUAUUGGGCCAAAAAUGUACGAUGAUAUCGAUAUCAAAAAGGAUCUCUUUGCAAUCGGAAUUCAAACAAGGGAACAGCUGGAAAUGUUCAUUAAGGGUGCAAACAAAGUACAUUGUAUAGAUGGCACCCACAGCACGAACAAGUAUGAGUUCCCAUUGACAACUGUGAUCGUGCCGGAUGAAUUUAAUAAAGGUUAUCCAGUGGGUUGGUUGAUAUCCAAUCGAAAUGACGAAUUAACUCUCCGGCCAUUCUUAGAAGAAAUAAAAAGCAGAUGUCCUGACGACUUCACAGUUAACUGUUUGAUGACAGACGAUGAUAAUUCCGGAUGGAACGCAUUUUCUGCUGUUUUUGGAGAAACUAAGCACCUUCUGUGUAAGUAGCACAUAACCCAGGCUUGGCGCAGGAAUCUGAAAUUAGUUCCAGAAAGUCAGCAAGAUGAAGUAAUGCAACACCUUCUGGUUAUUUUAAAUGAAAAAGAUGCUUCACAAUUUGAAAUUCUGCAAAGGGGAUUCCUCAAAAAA